ACUUACCUUCUGGGACUCUAGAGACAGGAGUAGGAGGUGCGCCAUUCAAAUGCGAACACCUCAGUCUCUGUGUCUCUCAACUUCGUUAGAUCCCAACCCUCAAACAUCAAUCUUCGUUUCUCUCCUAUGCAAGGUUGUGUCUGAGUCCCGAGCGAGGAUCUCUAAGCAAUCUUUGGUCUUCUUCCUCCAGAUUCUUAGGGAUAAAUGGGGAAGAAAGUCAAGAAGAAGAGCCGAGGUCCUCUGAAGGAGAAGCGGGUUGCAGCCCAUUCCCCAAAAAAAGUUCCCCAACAAUCUGACCCUAGUCCUGAGACUGCUGGUGAUGAAGUUUCAGCAGUAACAGAGAGAAAACCCUGUUUUCAUCUUGAAAAGGGCGUUGAUUUGAGUAAACUGUCAGCCAGAAUUGGGUCUUCAGAACCUAUUAUGUGUGAAGAGUGUAGGGUUGAUGGUAAGGGGAGUAAGGGAAAAGGUAAACAUGGGAAGAAGAAAAGUGGGGCUGCAGUUGAUUCUAUAUCGGACUCAAGACCCAUAUGGGUUUGUUUGGAAUGUGGGCAUUAUGCCUGUGGAGGGGUUGGACUCCCAACAGGCCCUCAAAGUCACACUGUUCGGCAUGUUAGGCAGACUCAUCACCCUUUGGUAAUUCAUUUCGAGAAACCUCAACUCUGUUGGUGCUUUCCUUGCAAAACACUCAUUCCGAUUGUGAAGAUGGAAGAGAAUGGUGACCAUAAAAAUGUCUUAUCAGAUGUUGUGAAGUUGAUAAAGGGGCGAUCAUCAGUAGGGUCCUCAGUGGAUGUUGAGGACGUUUGGCUUGGGGUUGGCAGUGUUACAAGUGAAAUUAAAGCAGGAAGCAGUGCACUGAUUGAUUUGGAUUUAGGUGGCAAUUAUGUGAUAAGAGGUCUGGUUAAUCUUGGGAAUACUUGCUUCUUCAAUUCUGUCAUGCAAAAUCUUUUAGCCAUGAGAAUGUUGAGGGAUUAUUUUUCCCAGUUGGACACUUCUAGUGGCCCCCUUACGAUUGCUUUGAAGAAGCUCUUUAUUGAAACCAAGCAGGAAGGAGGAUUGAAAAAUGUGAUUAAUCCAAGAAGCUUUUUUGGUUGUCUCUGUUCAAAGGCUCCCCAGUUUAGGGGAUACCAGCAGCAUGACAGCCAUGAAUUGCUCUGUUGCUUACUUGAUGGUUUAUCUACUGAAGAGUUGGGCUCAAAAAAACAACAUAAUUCCCCACAGGGAGAUGGCAUUUCUUCAAAUCUAAGUACUUUUGUGGAUGCUGUAUUUGGGGGCCAAAUAUCAAGUACCGUUUGUUGUGUUGAGUGUGGGUACUCUUCAACUGUGUAUGAGCCCUUUUUAGAUCUUUCCCUGCCAGUCCCAACUAAAAAACCUCCAUCCAAAAAGGCACAACCAGUCACUCGAGCAAAGAAAACUAAGCUGCCACCCAAGAAAGGUGGAAAGACUCGGCCAAAAGUUAACAAAGAUGCAGAUUUAUUACCAGCUCAAAGUGUGUCAAACCUAGCAGCCAGCAAUGAUAUUUCCUGCCAAGAACAGGCGGUUGAGGCCGUUGCAGAAAAGGAGAUGGCCUUUUCAUGUAAUUCUAUGCCAUCAAGUUCCAGUGACCUAAUAGUUGUGGCUGGUGAAAGUGGUUCGGCUUCACAGAAUCUCUUAGCUGUUCAAGCUUCUGAAAAUGAGCAAGUCUUUGAGAAUGUUGUAGAGCAAACAUCAGCUUUAUUGGAAGAUUUUACGUGGUUGGAUUACAUUGAUCCGGAGACUGUAUCAGAUGAAUGGCAUUUGACACAAAGCAAUGGUGUUUCAACAACUCAAGAUCCUGAAAACAAGGAUAUAUAUCUGAAUGACGCACCAUUACAGGUUAGCUCUGAUUCUAGCAGUCAGACUUUUUCAGCCAACGUUGAGCCAAAUCUAAAGCCAGAUUCUUCAGUGAAUUAUUGGGAAGAUGAGCUGCCAUUACAGGUUCAAGAUACCGAUGUGCUGUUGCUGCCAUAUAAAGUAGGAAGUCCCACUACUGGGGAGAUAAUCAAAGGAGGGGAUGAAGCAUCCUCAUCAGUUGCGGGCUACGGACCAGAUGAAAUGGACUUUGAUGGCUUUGGUGACAUGUUCAAUGAGCCUGAGAUUUCUAUGGGGCCUGCCCCAAGGCCCUCUUUUGAUAACGUGGUUGCAGAAACUGUUGUCGUGGGAAACAACAGCGAUUCAGAUCCAGAUGAAGUUGAUAAUACAGAUUCUCCGGUGACUGUUGAGAGUUGUUUGGCUCAUUUUAUAAAACCAGAGCUUCUCUCAAAUGAAAAUGCUUGGCAUUGUGAGAAUUGUUCGAAAACUCUGCGACAUGAGAGGCUGAGAGCAAAGAGGCAGGUGAAAAAUGCGUCGAUGAUUUUGCUGAAUGGAGAUCAGAUUGGCAGCCAGAAUGAACAACUGCCCUGUCCUGCUGAAGUUGGAAACUUGGCAAAUGGUUAUAUGAAAAAUGAGGCUUCUCUUGAAGAUGCUGGUGAAAUCUUGAUUUUAGAUAAAGCAAAAAUGGAUUGUGCACAAAUUGAAAAUGGUCAAACAGGCGAGCUGAAUUCAGUUGUUUCUCAAUGGGAAGAAGGAACGGGCGUGAUAAAAGGUGCACUUCCAGAGAAAUUGCUUUCUUCAGGUUGCUAUAAAACUUGUUGUCAAGAAAGUUUCUGUGGUCAAGCAAUUGAGUCAUGUAAUGUUCAUGCACGAAAUAGUGUGGAAUAUACCACUGGUAAAGUGCAUCACGAUGAGUCCCUGUCUUUGGCUCAAACCUGUGAAUCUGCGGGAAGUGAGGACGAGGAUAUGAAUUCCAAAAGUGUGAAGGUGAAAAGGGAUGCCACCAAAAGGGUUCUCAUUUACAGGGCCCCGCCUAUUCUCACCAUUCAUCUAAAAAGGUUUAGCCAAGAUGCUCGUGGUCGCUUAAGUAAAUUAAACGGCCAUGUCAGUUUCAGAGAAACAAUUGACCUUAGGCCGUAUCUGGAUCCCAGGUGUAUAGACAAAGAGAAACACCAUUACCGCCUAAUUGGAGUAGUGGAGCAUUCAGGGACCAUGAGAGGAGGCCAUUAUGUUGCAUUUGUGAGAGGGGGCCAGAAGAGCAGCAGAGGAAAUGAUCAGAAAGAAAAUGAUGGUUCUGUGUGGUAUCAUGCUAGUGAUGCCUAUGUGCGGCAGGCUUCCCUGGAUGAAGUUCUUGGUUGCGAUGCCUACAUUUUAUUCUAUGAAAAGAUUUGAGAUAGAUCUACUUUUGAUACAUAUACAUUUCCCAGAGAGACAGUUUGGGGAUAGCUUGAGCACCCCCAAUUAGGAGAGAGGGAGAGAGAGAGAGAGAGAGAGAGGGCAAGUGAGUGUACACCAGCAAUUACCCUUAUCUCAAUACCCAAUUUUUUGACAUCUCAUGAGUUGUAAGAUUUAUACCUUCAUAUUGUUUCAUCAGAAGUUUUGGAUCCCAUUACCCGGAAUCCCCCCCCUGCCCACAUCCACGCCCACGCCCCAUUUUUUAAGGGUAGGUACAUCGCCUGGGAUCUUAGCUGCAUGAAUUACCGAUGGUUUUCAGUAGGAUGCUCAACUUUACUUGUCCAGAUUCUUCAAUUAUUGAUGUUGGGAAUUCCUUCAGCCAAAGCUCAUAAGAUGUGCAUAGCCUUCCCCUCAAUUGUCAGUGAGGUAAUCAUCUGCUCAGGAUGGAAGUUCAAGAACAUGAUUAUUCUAAAAUGGCGUCUGCAUCAGCCCUUGCAUUGUAAAGAUGAUGGUGCAGCCGUUCAUUGCGACUAAUUAAACACCGGUGCAUCAAUCUACAGGUUCUGAAAUUUGAUGUAUUUUUUAAUUCAUCUACAAAGCCUUGGUCAAGUUAUCUUUGGUUAUGAUAAUCUUUUGCUAUAAGAGUGUUGAGGUAGGCCACCUAGUUCCAGGAAGAAGUCACUUUCACCCAUUGGUAGCGAUUGCUAUGUCCUAUCUCAUCUAAUCGUGAUUUUAUCUCUUUGAUAUUCCUGAACUUUGUUUCUUCAAGAGUAAGGUUUAAACUUCUGCAA